AUGAAUGAGCCACUGGACAGUUUUGCAAAUGCUUCUUCCGACUUCCCCGAUUUUGCAGCGCCUUUUGGAAAUUGCACUGAUGAAAAAAUCCCACUCAAGAGGCACUACCUCCCUGUAACAUAUAGCAUCAUCUUCCUGGUGGGCUUUCCAGGGAACGCAGUAGCGAUUUCCACUUACAUUUUCAAAAUGCGGCCGUGGAAAGGCAGCACCGUCAUCAUGCUGAACCUGGCCUGCACAGACCUGCUGUAUCUAACCAGCUUCCCUUUCCUGAUUCACUACUAUGCCAGCGGCGAAAACUGGAUCUUUGGGGAUUUCAUGUGCAAGUUCAUCCGCUUCGGCUUCCAUUUCAACCUGUACAGCAGCAUCCUCUUCCUCACCUGUUACAGCAUCUUCCGAUACUUCGUGAUCAUUCACCCCAUGAGCUGCUUUUCCUUUCACAAGACUCGAUGGGCCGUGGUGGCCUGUGCUGUGGUGUGGAUCAUUUCCCUGGUGGCCGUCAUUCCCAUGACCUUCCUGAUCACGUCAACCACCAGGCCCAAUAGAUCGGCCUGCCUUGACCUCACCAGUUCGGAUGACCUCGCCACUAUCAAAUGGUACAAUCUAGUUUUGACUGCAACUACUUUCUGCCUUCCCCUGGUGAUAGUGACCCUGUGCUAUACAAUGAUUAUCUGCACCCUAACCCAAGGACCUCAGAAUCACAGCUGCCUUAAGCAGAAAGCUAGAAGGCUAACCAUUCUGCUACUCCUCGUGUUUUACAUAUGUUUUUUACCCUUCCACAUCUUGAGGGUCAUUCGGAUCGAAUCUCGACUGCUUUCAAUCAGCUGCCCCAUCGAGAAUCAGAUCCAUGAAGCAUACAUCGUUUCUAGGCCGUUAGCCGCCCUGAACACCUUCGGUAACCUGUUACUGUAUGUGGUGGUCAGUGACAACUUCCAGCAGGCCCUCUGCUCGAUGGUGAGAUGCAAAGCCAGUGGGGACCUGGAACAAGCAAAAAAAAUCAGUUACUCGAACAACCCUUGA